GCGCAGAUUCCACAAUAUCUUAUUUCAAAAUAUGACCCACUGUUGAGAGAAGAGAGAGUUUACAAAAUACGUGACUUCACUGUGGAGGCAAAUUUUCAACCCUUGAAAACGGCUGAUCAUCCAUUUAUCAUGAAAUUCAUUUCGUGUACCAAGGCUGACAAAAUUCACUCCAUCGGUUUCCCAUGCAUCAUGUAUGAUCUUAAGAACUUCCAGGCUAUCAAAACUAGCGAAAAACAGUUUGAAAGGCAGCUUAUAGAUGCCAUUGGACGAGUAGUGGCCUGUUCAGAACAAAAAAUGAGAAUUGUUAAUGGGGAGGUGAAAAACGUCAUGGAUAUUACUCUAGAAGACAACGAGGGUUUCCAACUCCGAUGCACAUUAUGGGGAGAAUAUGUGGCGCAGAUGGUGGAUCAAGUUGGAUUGGGUUUGAAUGAACCAUUAAUUGUACUUAUUCAAUUGUGCAGGGUCAAGCCAUAUCUAGGUGAGAUGUGCAUUUCAACGGCAUUUCACGCAACAAGGAUGAAGACAUCAACUGGCAGUAUAACUUUGAGCUGUGGGAAUUCUCAAAGCCAGUCAGAGAGCAGCAUGUCUCAGGAAAUACAAAGUGGCAGAUUGGAAGUAUUAAGCAUUGAGGAAUUACUUUCAAGAAAUGAAGCAGGGCAUUACUGGAUUUUGGCUACGAUUGUGGAUAUCAAAAAUUACAAGAAUUGGUUUUACUUGGGCUGUGCAUCAUGCAACAAAAAGGUGAAUAAAGAGGAAUCGCGAUUUCGUUGUUCUGGGUGUAACAAGAUAACAGCAGAAGGAAACUACAGGUAUAUGAUCAAUGUGUUGGUUAUGGACUCUACCGACUACACCACCAUAACACUUUGGGAUAGAGAAUGCACCGACUUGCUAGGAAGGUCGACAAGUGGAAUGAGAGACCUCAUGGCUGAGGUCAAAAUUUCCGAUGAGAUACCCUCGGCGAGCAGCUGUCUUGGUGGAAAACGCAAGCAUGAGAUUUAUAAGGAAGCCGAUGACCCUACUAAGAGGCAUCUAGAUGAGGAAUUUGGCGCCACAAAAGAGCUCCUUAAAAUGAAGGCCAUUAAAACUGAGAAAUAGAGAAUGGGUCAAAUUUUAUCAAUUUGAACAUGCUUUAAUUUAUAUUCGCAUUGUAUCAUACCUUUGGGUGGAAAAUAUUAAAUAUGUACUCUUCCAUACAUGUUUGAAGCCUGAAAGAAUUAAACAAAUUUAGUACAUCAUUUAAAACUGAAUGUACACGGUGUAGUAAAUAUUUCGGACACUGACCUUCGCCGAUCAAACACUGCACUUUCCACUGUAGAUAAAUGAGGUAGAAAGAUUUAAUUUCAAUAAAUCGAUUAUUAAUUA